AUGCAAGCCAUGAACCCGGCCCUGCUACUUGCAGCCAGUGCUGGAAGGGAAGGUGUGACUCGCACAGGCGAAGGUGUUCGCAACACCUUGCAGCCAAAGCUCCGGCCUCAGUCGGCUUUGGUGCCGGUGAAGCGGCGUGCUCCAGAGCCUGGCAGACCCAGCCCGCUCUUUACCCAUCCCGUGGAGAUUCUGGUUCAGGCAGCGGGCCCCGUCAGCGCAUCGGUCUUCCAGACCUUCGGGAGCAAGGCACACGCGCCGGCCAACUUCCACAGGCUCAGCACGGCCACGACCAUCAACAAAACCGUGCAGUUCUCCUCAAUUUCCGAGGACUUAAGCGCUGAAGGACCCGGAAGAGGCGCCAGUGGUUUGCCGGACGGUAGAGCUUUGUGGGAGAGGCAUCAAGGCAUGACCCAGUACUCAACCACCACCGUGCCCUGGGGCCUUGACUUGGGACUUCGUUGGCUUAUGCUGCCCAGCCUGCGUGAGAACGUGCUCGUGACCUGUCAUCUGGGCAGU